AUGGGAUUUCAUUAUUUAUAAAUUACUGAUUUAAUAAAAGCAAUAUGUUCAUCGAUCUUACUGAAAUUAUAAUUGUAACACUUCAGAUAAGAACAUGAAAAGGAAUGUGAAUAAUUAAAGGAAUCCUAAAAAUUAAAUAAUUAAGAAAUGGAACCAUCAGUACCUAGAAGCAUCAACUUUGAUUAUGAACCUUAAGAUGCUUAGAAGCUUUUUAAGACUUUUGAUGUAUUACCUGAAGGAAUAAUAAUACUUGAAAAAAAUAUAAAGGAUGAUUUUACAAUUAAAUAUUCAAAUUCUGCAGCCAAAUACCUAAUAGAUUCUGAUGAUCAUGAUUAAAUGUUAUAAGAACUUUUUGAUCUCAAAAGUGUUUCUCCAAAACAGAAAAGUGAAGAACAUCUCUAUAAAUAUUCAUUUAGCAUUUAAUCUUAAUAAAGUAUGAGAAGAAGUAGUUUUAAAAUAAUACCUAAAUAAUAACCAUAUGUUAAAUCAGCCUUUAAAUUAUCUUAAUAAUUUAUUUUAGAGAAUUAAUCAAGUUCUUAAAAAUAAGAAUUCCUAUUAUAACAACCUUAACCAAAUCAUGAUUUUUGUCUAUAAUUUCCUUAAGUUUAAAUAGUAUUUCCAACUACUUAAACAAAAAAUGAAAAUAUGAAUCAUUCCAAUUCUCCUUCAAUUCAUUAUGCAACUUCUCAUAAAAAAUCUUUAGAAGAUAUAGAUUCUUUUCAUUAUUUGUUAGUAUAAAUUUGGUUAUAAUUACAUACAUUAGUUAAAGAGAAAGUAUUGAAUUAUUAAAAUUAACCUCUUUAUUAUAUCCAUGAAAGUAAUGCAUUUGUAACCAAUAUUAAAAAGUUAUAAAAAAAAUAAUGUUUGGAUCUAAAAGUUUUUAGUGCUUUACAUUACAAUAAACCUUUAUUAGUCAUAAUCCUUAGAGAUGUUAAUCAUAAAGAUUAUAUUAAAGUAUUAAAAGAUUACAAUUCAUAAAAAUCAAAGACUUUAUCUUUUGUAAGUCAUGAAUUUAGAACUCCCUUAACAUGUAUAAUAUAAAUGCUUGAAGAAGUUAUUGAAAAUAAAGCCAGUUUGAAUUUGAGUGAAUAAUAACUUAUUUAAUCAGCAUUAGAUAACUCUAAAUAUAUUCUUAAUCUUUCAAAUGAUUUAUUAGAUUUGGCAUAAAUUAGAGCUGGCAAAUUUAAGAUUCGAAAUGCAAUAUUUGAUUUAAAGUCUCUAUUAAGAGAUUGUCUUAAUAUGUUUGAAAUUUAAGCUAUGAAAAAGAAUAUUUAAUUAAAUUAUUAUUAUGAUAAAUCAUUACCAACAGAAAUUUGGAGUGAUUUAAAUAGAAUAAGACAAAUAACAGUAAAUUUAAUAGGGAAUGCUUUAAAAUUUACUUUGGAAGGUUCAAUAACAUUGAGAGCCUAUUUAGAUGGACCUAAUGAAAUUUGUAUAGAAGUUAAAGAUACAGGAGUUGGUAUGAGAGAAGAAGACUAACCUAAAUUAUUCAAAGCAUUUGCUAAGAUUGAAAAUAAAGAAACUAGUUAAAUGAAUGCUUAAGGUGUAGGAUUAGGGUUAUUAAUAAGUAAUUCAAUUGCUACUUAAUUAAAUUCUGAAUAAAGAGGUUUAGGAUUUAGAUCAGUAUAUUAAGAAGGAACAACAUUUUGUUUUUUAGUAACUAAUAGUAAAUCAAAUUAUUCAGAUGAAAUAGAAAAUUAUGAAGAUUCGAAAAAAGAAAUAGAUGUAGAUUUAGAGACAAAAUUAAAUGAUUUUAGAAGAUAAUCAAUGACUGAAAAAAAGUUUAUAUUAUAAAAGAAUUUCUGUUCUUGUCCAUAAAUAUUAUUGGUAGAAGAUAAUCAUUUUAAUGUUGAUUCAUUUUUACUUAAAUUUAAUAGAACUUUUUAAUCUUUAAUAAAAAUAGAUUAUACAAUCUCUGGAUAAUUGGCUGAAUAAAAAGUAUAAUAAAGAUUUUCAAAAUAAUUACAUAUUUGUCAUCCUUAUAAACUUAUAUUUAUGGAUGUAGAAUUACCAAUCUAAAAUGGAAUAGUAACAUCUAAAAACAUUAAGAAUUUUUACAAAACAAUGAAUAUUCCAGUAACAAUUGUUGGAUGUAGUGGAUAUGCUGAAGAAAAAGAAAAAAGAGAAUGUUUAUAAUAUAUGGAUGAUUAUAUUGUAAAACCAGCCACUAAAUCUGAUCUAGAAAGAAUAUUGAAUACUUACUUUUUUAAAUGA